UAACAAUCACAACCCUUGAGGCUCAUUGUUUUGUCAUUCUUCUCCAUGGCUACCAUUAACAAAACUCUAAUGGCUGCUGUAAUGCUUCUUUUGGGAUUCAUUGCUGCUAAUUUUGGCAUUACAGGUGCACAAGUUGGUGUUUGUUGUGGACUAUUGGGCAACAACCUUCCACCAAUAUCAGAAGUUGUAGCUCUUUACAAGUCAAACAACAUCAAGCGAAUGAGAAUGUACGACGCGAAUCACGCGGUUCUAAACGCCCUCAAAGGCUCUAACAUCGAACUCAUACUCGGCGUCCCAAACUCGGAACUGCAGCGCCUUACAGACGCUUCAAGCGCAGCCUCAUGGGUGCAGAGCAAUGUGGUGCCAUUCUGGCCAAGUGUGAGAAUAAGGUACAUUGCAGUUGGGAAUGAAGUAAGCCCAAUUCACCAAGCCUCGCUUGCUCAAUCUCUCCGGCCGGCUCUUGUGAACGUUUUCAACGCGGUUAGAUCGGCCGGUCUCAACGAGCAAAUCAAGGUCUCAACAGCCAUUGACACCACCUUGAUAGGCAAGUCCUAUCCCCCAUCAGAGGGUGCCUUUAGGGAUGAUGUCAGGUGGUUUGUGGACCCCAUUAUAGGCCACUUGGUGUGGGCUAAAACGCCUAUACUCGCCAAUAUCUACACUUAUUUUAGCUAUGUUGGCAAUCCUGGAGACAUCUCUCUUCCUUAUGCUUUGUUCACUUCGCCGUCUAUUUCGGUAUGGGACAAAGGACGUGGAUACCAAAACCUCUUUGAUGCAAUGUUGGAUGCGCUCUACUCUUCUCUUGAGGGGGCUUGGGGAGGGGAUUUGGAUGUCGUCGUGUCGGAGAGCGGCUGGCCAUCGGCAGGCGGGACCGGGGCAACGCUCGACAAUGCAAGGACUUACUACACAAAUCUUAUUAAGCAUGUCAAGGGCGGUACCCCAAAGAGGCCAAACAAGCCUAUUGAGACGUAUUUGUUUGCCCUGUUUAAUGAGAACCAAAAGAGUCCGGAGUUGGAGAAGAAUUUUGGGGUAUUCUACCCUAAUAAACAGCCUAAAUACAAUCUCAAUUUUGGUGUACAAAGAAAUUGGGAUCUUUUGGCUGAGCACAACUCUACUACUCUUUCCAUAUCUAGUGAUAUGUAAGCUUGGAAACUCUGUUUCUUCUGCUUCCUUGCAGUGUGUUCUUAUUCAAUAAGAGAAUCUCAUACUUUCUAUUUCCCAUUUAAUAAGGAAAACAGAAUCUGUGUGUACAUUAUUUCAUAUUUUUGUGUAUUCUCCUCCAUGAAGAUAUAAGUAUGUUUGUAUUGCUUU